AUGCUUCAAACCUUUGAGGAGGCCCUCGGACGUAAGUGGGGCUCAUGCAGCUACAGCUGUCCGUCCGUCUACGGUAACGCGUCAUGCGUCCCUGACGCGUUCAGGUGUGACGGUGACGCGGACUGUUUGGGGGAGGAGGACGAGCAGGGCUGUGGAGACGCCGCACCUAUGGAAGAUGGAGACGGAGAGACAGGUGACGGGGAGGCCACAGAUGGCCAAGCAACGACCAACAGGCCCACACCUGGCCAAGAAGCGACCAGUGAGUUCAACGCUGGCCAACGUGCAACCAGCGGGCCCAUAGGUGACCAAGAAGCGGCCGGCGGACCCACAGGGGGCCUACAGCCAGAGCCUACCGCAGAACCCACUGCACGAAAACAAGAAUUUCUGGCAAUCUUUGGUUUCUUACACUACCGUGGAACUUGA